AUGAUUGCCGAACCUGAAGACGAGAUGGGAGGAGAGUGGGCUGCUGUCUAUCGGGAAAAGCAAACGGAAUUCGAGCAGUGGCGGCACUUUUUUCUGAAACGUAAUUAUGCGUUGGCGUCGAGUGAUCAAGAAUGCGUCCGUAGGGAUUACACCCCAGAAUCGACGCAAAAUUGUCACACCACAUGUUUCAUUUUUUCACUGAAUGGAACAAAUAGGGAAACGGGUCAGACCAGAACACUUGGAGUGGGACGAGGCUGUUCAAGUCAGUUUCUCACCGAUGACCAACACAUGCAUCUGGGACUUGGCACUCACACAAAGCCUUCCGAAGUCGGAACCUAUUUGCCGGCGGAUUUUGAUAAGCUAGAAAUCUUCGAACAUUGGUGCUUUUGCGCGACCGAUUACUGUAAUACGCAGGUGUGCUACAGCAGACCGUUUGGUAGCAGUGAAUUUUCAAGCUCUUAUAUCGGGAAACGAUUACAGUAUUCCUCGUAUAAUUCUGAUUGGAGGUACCGUAGUAGCUCGAGUGAUCCGAUUCUUUCCUUCAUACUUCUACUGUUGCCUUUUUCGAUAGUUUUAAAGAGUUGA